AUGGAGCAAGUCCAAACAGCUGGAAGGAGCCGUGGCUUGCAGUCACCAGAGUGCUCGCCAGCUUCUGCGUGGCAUUCUCAGCCAUCCAGGCCGACAACUCCGACGGCACCACUGAUGAGCCAAGAGAUGAGGCAGGCAAUGACUUCUUGGACAAACCGUCCUUCCUUGCUCACGGCUGCGCCAAGGAGACAGGCGGAGGAGUCCUCCAAUGGAUCGAUUUCCCAGGAGGUUGUCAUGGAAGAGGUCAGAAGACAAGUCAAGGCCGCCUUGGAUGAGAGAGAGUCAGAGAUGAAGCGGCUUCAUGAUGAGAACCAAGAGCUACGACAAGUGGUUAUGGCCUUGGCAGACAGAGAGCUGGGUGUUGAGGGCGGUGGACAAAGCAGUGGGGCUUUGAUGGAUGGAGACAUGGGUCUUCGAGGCAGCGAACCGAGAGGAAAUCCUGCCACCCUCCUCCUGGACUUUCAGCACAAUCUCCCGUACCUGGUGGUGAACUCCUUGGCCGAGGACCUGUUGGGGCACCUCCGGGCUUGCAGUGGCGGGCCGGAAGAGCGGCAGGUGGUGACG